AAGGGGUUUCUCCUGCAUGUCCGUCCAUCCCGGUGGUGAGUCCGUCUGUCCUGUCCACCGCAGGCUCGUCAUGGCCCUGCCCCGCACGCUGGGGGAGCUGCAGCUGUACCGGGUGCUGCAACGUGCCAACCUGCUGGGCUACUACGAGACCUUCAUCCAGCAAGGGGGGGACGACGUGCAGCAGCUCUGCGAGGCGGGCGAGGAGGAGUUCCUGGAGAUCAUGGCGCUGGUGGGCAUGGCCACCAAGCCCCUCCACGUCCGCCGCCUCCAGAAGGCCCUGCGUGAGUGGGCCUCCAACCCGGGGCUCUUCAGCCAGCCUGUCUCGGCUGUCCCGGUCAGCAGCAUCCCACUCUUCAAGCUCUCUGAGGCCGGCGGGCGCAAGGCACUCAGCAACGGGCACGCCAGCCCCGGAGAGGCCGCGGGCAAAGGGGGUGGCAGCGCCGGGACGCCCCCAGCCCGCAGCCCCACGGAGCCAGGGGAGAAGCUGUCACCGUCAGCGGCUCCACCGUGGCCAGGAAGGAGCACGCCCGAGUCGGAGGGUGGCGGAGAUGAGGAGCCGGGGGGUCCCCCCUUCUCCCCGAGCGGGAGCAGCGGGGAGCAGGCAGUGGGCACGGAGCUGGAGCCGGAGUUGGCACGGACGGUGGUGGAGAGCGUGGAGAGGCUGCUGCAGAGCUGCCCCCGGGGUGGUGAGGCCGAGCUGAGGGCGCUGAUGAAGCUCAACAAGAAGCUGGCCAAGGCUGUGGGACACAUCUUCCAGCUGGAGGACGGUGACCGGCAGAAGGAGGAGGAGAUCCGGCGGCACAGCGCGAUCUACGGCCGCGGCGAGGCCCGGCGCCGAGAGGGCAAGCAGCUCACCCUGCACGAGCUCAUCAUCAAUGAGGCGGCCGCCCAGUUCUGCCUGCGGGACAACUCGCUGCUGCUGCGGCGCGUCGAGCUCUUCUCGCUGUCACGACAGGUGGCACGGGAGAGCACCUACCUGUCCUCGCUCAAGGUCGCCAGGGCCCAUCCCGAGGACAGCGGUGCCGUCGUGGCCAAGCGGCUCAAGCAGGAGGCGGGAGAGCAGAGCCGCCCUGAGCUCCUGGCGCUGCCGGUGGGGCUGGAGCCGCCCGGGGCCGGGUACCGAGCCAGCUUGGAGGAGGACACGGGCAGCCUCUCCGGGGAGAGCCUCGACGGCCACUUGCAGGCGGCGGGGGCUUGUCCCCGGCUGACCCCUCCGCCCGGUGCGGCCCCGGACGUGCCCCUCGGCCUCGCUCCCCACGGGCUCUGGAGCCGCCACAUCCUCCAGCAGACGCUGAUGGACGAGGGGCUGCGCCUGGCCCGGCUGGUCUCACACGAGCGCGUGGGGCGGCUCAGCCCCUGCCUGCCGGGGAAGCCCCCGGGACCAGAGUUCGAGGACGGGCUGGCAGAACGGGGUCCUGCAGCCCCCCGACCCCCUCGGGGCACCAUCAAGGUGGAGCAGGAGACCAGCAGGCAGUGAGGCCCCUGUAGCCCCCCCGCCACCAUUAACGAAGCAAUAACGUGCUGGGGGACGGGUGCGGCGGCGCUCCGGGCCCCGGGGAGCUUGGGGAGGGGGCGGGUCUCAGCCACAACCCCCCCCCGGCCCCCUCCCGUCCCACACCGACGCUCUGGUUACCUCAGCCGCGGCGGGAUGCGACUCCCCGCAGCAGCAAUACCCUCAUCCCGCCCGGCUCUGCUCCCCCGCCGCCCCCCAGGGCUGGGGAGCCCUCGAUGGACUGGAGCCCACCCUGUACAGCCCCACCCCGGCCCCGUGCUGACCGUCCCGUCCUCCCCCCGCCCCGGGCCCCAUCACCGCGCGGGGACAGACGCGUCGCACUGUGCGCUCCCACGUCAGCGCUGCCGCCCACGCCGGGCACACGGUCCCCCCCCACCCGCAGCGCCCACGCACCAGCCGCCAGCCCCCUCCCCGCAGCAC